GGGUGAAUGUUGAAAUCAUCAUCGUCUCUUUUCGCGAACUCGAUUCUGCUUCAACGAUGCAAAUCAAUGCCGGAGCUGAAAAGAACGCACGCCCUCCUGAUCACGCUCGGUCUCUCCGAGGAAGAACCUUUUGCUUCUCGAACGCUUUCCUUCUCUGCUCUGUCUUCCUCAGGCGACGUCGUUUACGCUUACAGAUACUUGUUAAAACUAUCCAAUCCUCCGUCUUUCGGUUGGAACUGCGUAAUACGAGGGUUAUCAUAUAGUAGAAACCCCGAGAAUACGAUCCGUGUGUAUAUCCAGAUGUUGAGGAAAGGGUUUUCACCAGAUCACAUGACUUAUCCGUUUCUCUUGAAGUCGAGUUCUCGUCUCUUGAACAGAAAAAUUGGUGGCUCUUUGCAUACCUGCGUCUUUAAAACCGGGUUUGAGUGGGAUUUGUUCAUAUGCAAUUCUCUCAUUCAUAUGUAUGGAUCGUUCCGUGACAAUGCUUCCGCGCGCAAGCUGUUCGAUGAAAUGCCUGAUAAGAACUUGGUCACUUGGAACUCUAUCUUGGACGCGUAUGCCAAGUGCGGGGAUGUUGUUUCGGCAAGACAGGUGUUCGAUGGAAUGACUAAGAGAGAUGUCGUGUCUUGGAGUUCUAUGGUCGAUGGGUACGUAAAGAGCGGUGAAUAUAACGAAGCUCUUGAGAUUUUCGAUCAGAUGAUGCUAAUGGGUUCAUCAAAGGCAAAUGAAGUCACGAUGGUUAGUGUUUUGUGCGCUUGUGCUCACUUGGGUGCGUUAAAUCGAGGAAAGGCUGUACAUUGCUAUAUACUCGAUAAGCAAUUGCCCUUAACAGUUAUGUUGCGGACAUCUCUUAUUGAUAUGUAUGCUAAAUGCGGGUCUAUAGGAGACGCUUGGGGCGUGUUUUGUGGAGCAGCAUCCGUUGAGGAAACAGAUGUAUUGAUGUGGAAUGCUAUGAUUGGAGGGCUUGCGAGUCACGGGUUUAUAACAGAGUCGCUCCAAUUGUUUCACAAAAUGCAAGAAUCUGAGUUUGACCCUGAUGAGAUAACAUUCUUGUGCUUGCUUGCUGCUUGUUCCCAUGGCGGAUUAGUGAAAGAAGCUUGGCAUUUGUUUGGUAGGCUCAAGGAAAGCGGUGUGGAACCAAAGAGUGAGCAUUAUGCUUGUAUGGUCGAUGUGCUUUCCAGGGCCGGUCUAGUUGAAGACGCAUAUGAUUUCAUAUCCGAAAUGCCGAUAAAACCGACGGGUUCAAUGUUGGGUGCUUUUGUUAACGGGUGCAUAAACCAUGGAAACUUGGAGCUUGCGGAAACAGUUGGAAAGAAGCUUGUAGAGUUGCAACCGCGUAAUGACGGACGCUAUGUCGGGCUAGCAAACGUUUAUGCGAUCAACAAGCGGUUUGGCGCGGCUCGGUCUAUGAGAGAAGCAAUGGAGGAGAAAGGAGUGAAGAAAACUGCAGGACACAGUAUAAUUGAAUUGAAUGGAGCACCACAUAGAUUCAUAGCUCAUGACAAAACACAUUUCCACUCCGAGAAGAUCUACGCAGUGUUGCAUCUGCUUGGAACUUGGAUGGAUCUCAAUGUUAACAAUGAUUAUAGUGAAGACUAUCAUUGUCUUUGUUCUUGAGUCUAUA